GUGAGUUGUAUUAGAUUAUUUGUAGCCUAUAACAGUAUAACUGUAACCUAUUCGGCCAGAUUGGAUCUUGUCCUCUUGCGAUUUAGGCAACCAGCGAAGAGCCGAAGAACGAACGAAGCUAUCAACCCAGAGUGUAUCUGUGUAAUUGCAUGAUGGCAAAAACAAAGCGUACAAGUACACUCCAUGAAAAGACGCCUAAAGUGAGUCAUAUGCGGAAGAGAGGAGUUGGUAUCAGGGCCAAAAGGCCUGGCAGCAAACCUUCAACUCAAAAGAGAUUAACCAAAUUACAGAAGGAACAAAUGCAGUGGGAUGAGGAAUUUCAUAAAUUAUCAGAAUUUGCGUUAAGAGACUACAAUGAUAAACAUGGAACAGACUUGGUGUUAUGUAGCAUUUUGCGCUACGAAACUUUUGGUGCCCGGCGUGGUUAUACUGUGGGCUUUGAGCGAAGAUUCACACACUGGACUCAUAUCAACUUUUAUGCUAGGCGCAUUGAUGCUGAUCCCAGUGACAAACCACUGCUUUUGUUCGCUGAACUAUAUUUAGGCUUUGAUGAAGACAAUAAGAAUGUUCUUGCUCGAUUGUCGCUUGUUACACCUAUGGGGAAUGAGUCUGGUUGUUCACGUUGCCCAUCUCCCAUCAUUCAGCAUCCGUCUCAUGAAUUUCAUGGAGGUUUUAUGCAGAAUUGUCUAUUGAAGGGAGUUGAGGGCAUGGAGAGUAUCGGCAGAACUAGGUCUGUUCAAAAGACAGCGACCAAAAAACGGACCCAUGACAUUUCUGAUUUGGCAAAAUUUGCAUUAGAAGAUUACAAUAAAAAGCAUGGAACAAAGUUGGAGUAUGUUAAGGCCGUGGAGCGCAAUAGUUUUUCAUGCAUGGGUCUUUCUAUGGACUUCAGAGAAAGGUAUACAAGCUGGGAGCAUAUGAAUUUUGUGGCUAGACGCCGUAAGGGUGAUGGUAGCUAUGAAGACCUGUUUUUGUUUGCUGAACUCUAUUUAGGAGAUGGUGAAAAUAAACAUGUGCUCGCCACAUUGUCAGCUGUGAAUGAGAAUCUUACUCUUAAUGAGAGUGGAUGUCUCUAUUGCCCAAAUACCAUUCGUCACCCUGGUCAUCAUUAUCUGUAUUGUGAUGUUAGUUGUUACAAACGGUGUGUCUGGACAAAAAGGAAUACAUGACUCCUCUAUGGAAUGCCAUGGACUUGUGUUGCCAUCAUCACUGAUGUUCUUGCACGUUUCUACUAAUUUCCAGUAGCCUACAUGAAGUGGUAAUCCCUACUUUGCUGGAAUGGUCAACCUGUAAACAUUUUGAACUCUAGUUAGCACUUUCAAGUUCUGUAAUCACGAUUGCAGCCAUGACUUAGCUGAGUAUUGUGUAUCAUUGUUGGAAAGGAAAGAUGCGUAAGGUGUCAUGAUCUGUAUUCCGUAAUCCGCAUUAUUCUUGAAUGUGAAUUUGCAUUGGACGCUAAGUUCGACAUAAGUAAUUGGUUCUGUACUUUCUCUAUAUAUGAUUGCAAUCAUUAUCGGUUUUUAGUUUUAGCAUUUGUAACUUUAUUAUAUAAUGCUUCGUUCAGAAAUUGGAAUGCAGUGAUUUGCCA